AUGCAGCACAUGCACACAAAAUCAGUCUGCGGCCGCCUCUUGUGCUCGGCUCUGCUGCUCCCCUGCUCUCCCCACUCCCUACGAGGGCAGGACGACUGCUCGGCGUUAGCAUACGUGAGGUUGAAAUGCCUGAGCAACACUGCGGCGGCCCCCAGGAACGAGGCGCCGGGCACGGCCUCCGACCUGUCUUCUGGCUACUCUUCCGUAGCACAGUAG